AAAAGCAAACAAAACAAUAACAUUGACUCAAAUUGAAAUGAAUGAGUCAUUUCGAAUGAAUCGAAAAAUUUUUAGCGCCAUCUUUUGCCGAUGAAUCACAUCAGUUUAUAACACAUGUUUCCGGUAAACUCUUUUGCACGUUGUUUGACAUUUCGAUCUUGUCAUUGUUUCAUUGUCCUUCGAAACGAAAAUUUUUUCAAAAAUUUCAUAUCGAAAAUGAGUACAGAUACUAAAACAACUACUGCUGAUAAUUAUAUGGUUUUGAAAGUAAAACGAUUAAGUAAUGAUGCUCGAUUACCAACUCGUGGUUCAAAAUUUGCUGCUGGUUAUGAUCUUUAUGCUGCACAUGAUGCAAUCAUUUCAGCUAAGGGUAAAACAAUGGAAUUGAUCGAUCAAAUUCAUUCGUUACAAAAACAAAAUGAACAUUUGCGAAACGUUAUUGAUAAAUUGACAAAUUCAAAUCAUGUCGAACCAAAAAACAGAAAACCACCACCAAAAGAAUUUGAUUUUUCACGUUACAAAACUCGUCAUAUAAUGUUAAAAUUUCUUUAUCUUGGUUGGAAUUAUAAUGGUUAUGUUGUUCAAGAUGAUCUUCCAACAGUGGAAAAAAUUCUAUUCGAAGCAUUAAUGAAAACAAAAUUGAUUGAAAAUCGUGAAACAUCCAAUUAUAAUCGUUGUGGACGUACGGAUAAAGGAGUUUCAGCAUUCUGUCAAGUUAUAUCCAUUACUGUUCGUUCCAAUUUGAAACGUCAAUCUGAUGAUGGUGAUUCAAUCGAUGAACUAUCCGAUGAUCAAGAAAUGGAUUAUCCUUCCAUAUUGAAUCGAGUAUUACCACAAGAUAUUCGUAUAAUAUCUUGGGCACCUGUUUCAUCUGAUCCUUUGAUAAGUGCACGUUUCGAUUGUUGUCGUCGUGUUUAUCAUUAUUAUUUUCCACGAAUCGAUUUGGAUAUUGAUUCUAUGAAUCGUGCCUGUACCUAUUUGAUUGGUGUUCAUGAUUUUCGAAAUCUUUGCCGAAUGGAUGUUCAAAAUGGUGUUACGAAUUUCGUACGCCAUGUAUAUGAUGCUUCUGUACGAACAUUUCAAGAUGAUAGUAAAGAUCCGGAUUCUUUUUGUUUGUUUCGUAUUGAAGCAUCAGCAUUUCUUUGGCAUCAAAUACGUUACAUAAUGGCUGUUUUAUUUCUAGUUGGUCAACAUCUUGAAACACCCGAAAUUUUCGAAGAACUUUUAAACAUCGCCAAACAUUCAUCACGACCACAAUUUUCAAUGGCUUCCGAUCUGCCAUUAGUUCUAUACGAAUCACAUUAUGAUUCGGAUAAAGUACCAAAAUGGAAUCAAGGAAAAGAUAUUGUCAAUACCAUUGGACAAUUACGUGGCCAAUGGAUGGAAAAAUCAAUUCAAUCAAUAAUCAUUAAAUCAAUGAUUGAAUCUUUGAUUGAUUCGGCUAAAUUCGACAUCGACAAUACCUAUAGCUUUGUACGAAAAUUAUUCGGAAAUCCCAUUCGAAAUUAUCGAAAAUUAUUUGAUCGUCCUUGUUGUGAUAGUUUUGAAACUAAACUUUCUCAAAAUAAAACAUUGAAACAAAAA